AUGGUCUCCUCCAUCUUCAGCCUCCCCUAUAUUAACAUGAUGCUCUCCAUAUUCCGGCUAAUCACUUUCUUUGGCGGCGCUACGGCACAAAACCAUGAACGAGCGAUUAGACACGUGAUGUUCGGGUGUUCGAUCCUCGUCAUCGCCGGCCAGUUCUACUGGAAAUACAGCGAAUUCGAAUUUCCGACUGGCCAAGUGGCGUACUGUACGGCGAAUAUGAAGAGCAUUAUCGAGAAGUCAAAUAUAGAGGGAUUUGUGACUGUAGGAUUCGAGGUGUUCACAAUUCUUAUCGGUUUUUUAUUGAUAUGGCUGUAUGUGCGGGAGAAUAAAGUCAAUCGAUCCUACGACAUCUCUGUCAACCUUUGCCGGAAGCAGUUGAUCCAAACGAUGACCAUGUUUUUACCUUACAGCAUUUUUCACGUGCUCGGGACAAUCCUAUUCGUGGUGGUCAGCGGAUGGUAUCGGAGUACAUUUUCAUACUUGGACGAACCAUACUUUUCGGCGGGAUCUGGCUAUACUUUUGUACCGCUUUACCUGACCGUAAUAAGCCCUUGGAUACUUUACUCGAUCAUCCGACACAGUGAAAAUCGAAGGAUCUCGAAAACCGAGAAGCUGCUGGAUUUUGAGAAAAAGGCGAAGAAUGCAUAUUUCCAGCAGUACCAAGCCCAGUGGUGCGCUAAAACGCAGCCAAAGACAGCACGACUUCUUGGCUUCCACAGCAAAUCGCGCAAGAUUGUCACGUGGAUG